AUGACUGGUUGUUCCUUUGCAGAGAUUGUCAAUAAGUUGGAAGAGUAUGAUGAGUUUAUGAGAGCAGGCAAGAUUGUUAAUGUUUCAGCUUUGAAGUCGCAGUUGGAAGCUAUGCGAAACCAAAACAGCAGCAGUAAAAAGUCUCAGUUUAAGAAGAAAGACGAGGAAGCUUCCUUUGUUUGGAACCAAGGUUCUUCUUCCCGGCCUAGAUACCAACAAAAUUCCGCCUACUCACCCCAUUACUUAUACCAACCGCGUCCCCGACCUGUUUACAAUACCACAAUCAACCACCCCCGUCCUCGACCAAAUUACCCAAACACACCGCCAACGCCAUUUCACAUUUCCCCACCAAACUUCCAAAUUAGACCGCGCCCUCCUUUCAACCCAAGACCUAUUCCACCCUCCAACCCAAAUUACCACUAUCAACAAGCCAGUGACACCCAAAAUCCAACCCCAUACCGAACCUUCACCAAUCUAGGUCGGCCCGUUGACCAAUUGUAUGAGCAAUUGAAAGCUGCUGGGAAAAUUGGCACUAUACCUCCUAAAACCUAUUCCAAAGGAUUUCCUAUUGGUUAUGAUCCCCAAUCAUUUUGUGCCUACCAUUCAGGAGCUCCUGGACAUUCAACUGCUAAUUGUUGGGCGCUUAUACAUAAAAUUCAAGACAUGAUCGAAUCCGGAGACAUAGUCCUGAGGAGGAGGGACGAACAAGGUCCAAAUGUUAGCAAAAAUCCUCUUCCUACACACAAGGACACCGUAGGAGUUAUUACUAGUAAUGAAGGGAUUGAGGAACCUACACAAUUUAUUAUAGAUGAAGCUGGGACAGUAAGGGUCAUUGAAGAACCGUUCAUAUUGGAGGAAGAAGCUCCUGAAAUCAAGAAAAAUACGGGUCCGUUUAUUCUGGAAAUGGUGCCUUUCGAAUGUGAGCCUUCGGAGCUUGUGGUACUUGAAUUGCCUGAGCAACCUCCUAUUAUUAAUCUACAAGAGGUCCCGUGGAAUUAUAGCGAGCCCACGCUAUUAAUUGGAGGAGAAAAGGUGCCCAGAAAGGAAGUGGACGCCAUUACUAGAUCUGGAAGAAUCAUAGGGGAACCCGCAGUUGAUGAGCCCUCAAAAGCGAAAGAAAAUGCUGUUCCGACAAGACCAAUUGUGACUGAUGAAGAGGCCUUCAAUUUCCUUAAGAUGCUGAAGAAAAGUGAGUAUAAGGUGGUCGAGCAAUUGGAUAAGUUGCCCGCUCAAAUUUCUAUAUUGAAUUUGCUUCUAACCUCGGAACUUCAUCGAGAAGCUUUACUCAAGGUCCUAACUGAGGCUCAAGUGCCUAAGAAUAUUUCUGUGGAUAAAUUCACUCAUGUAGUAGAACAUGUUUUGGCUUCAAAUCAAAUUUCUUUUUCUGAUGAAGAUUUGACUUCGGAUGGGAUUGGGCACAAUAAAGCAUUAUAUAUCUCAGUCCGUUGUAAUGGGAAGUUAUUGCCAAGGGUCUUGAUAGACAAUGGGUCUGCUCUUAAUAUUUGUCCUUGGAACACUUUGGUUAAGUUGGGAUUUCAGGAAGCUAAACUUCGGCCAUCUGCCAUUGUGGUGAGAGGAUUUGAUGGCGCGAAAAGGGAAUCAAUGGGGGAAGUGGAUUUGGUGCUGAAAAUCGGACUUGCCCAGUUUCAAGUUAUGUGCCAAGUCAUGGACUUCUCAAGUGUUUAUAAUGUUCUUCUCGGACGGCCUUGGAUUCAUACUUCAGGCGCUAUACCUUCUUCACUCCAUCAAAUGUUGAGAUUUGUGGUGAAUGGCCAGUUGAUUACGAUAUUUGCUGAGGAAGAUUGCACUAUGAUCAUCAAUCCUACAUCGGAAGAUGAUGGCGAUAGAAAAACUCUGGUUUCCCCUCACCAUGUAGCUGACAUUGUUUCGGUGGGUAAGGCAUCCAAGGACAAGGCGGCAGUGGAAGUGAAUUUACCCGAAGCCAGUGUUAUGAUGGCCAAGGAGCUGAUUCGAGGAGGUUAUGAAAUAGGCAAGGGUCUUGCAACCUACAAGGGGUUUUGGAGCCAAUAG